CAAACAAUUCAAUGAACGUUGCCCAGAAUAUGGCCACAACUUAUUAUGACGCUCUUGAAGCAGCACUAUCUGAAGUGUUCAACCAAUUCUGUUGGAGUUGAGAAGCUUCACAAUCACCACAAGCCAUGCUUACUAAUUCGGAAGCAAUGAUUAGCAAGAAGAGUAUUGUUGGAGAUCAAGGCUUGAUGAAUAAGAAUAAGAGUAAGAAUGAACCUUCUUCUAAACAGAGCAGCAAUAGUAUCCCAAAGAAUCGAAAGAGUUCUCUCCCUGAAGUCGCUAAAAAUCUAAACAUGAUCCUUCAAAUGGUUGAGUGCAACCAAGAAGUGAGAUUCACUGCAACUACCAAGAGCUCCAGAGGCCUCCACAAUGGAACUUCCAAGAGAAGAUCCAGGUAUAUUGGAGUCCUCGGCAAUAGCACUCGUUGGCAAGUCCUCAUUAAUGUCCGUGGCAAGAAGAAGUACAUCGGAACCUUCGGUAACGAGAAAGAAGCUGCCAUUGUGCACGACUUCUACGCUAUCGGACUCAACGGACUUGAAGCUAACACCAACUUCAGCUACGAUGGGAUGACAGUACAAGACAUGAUCAUGAACUACUUUACUAAUGAAAACUAUUUCAGGGCAUCUGAGUUCAUAUCCAGAGUCUAACAAAUGGCAUAAAGCAA